UCUGGAUCCGCUCGCACCUCACCCCAGUCUUUCAAGCAUCGUCUUCUUUUCGCACACCGGCUGUGCCUUGUUCUAAUUAAUACGUGCUGUGCACUAGUACUCCUUUGUCGACUCACAAAUUCAACCAAAAUCCAAAAACACCUAAUUCCACACUUUUAAUAUUCACGAACAUCGUCAAUCAUGCGUUCCGCCGCUCUCAUCAUCGCUUCCCUUGCUCUCACGGUUCUUGCCGCUCCGGUUCCGGUAGCUGAGGGACAAGCACUUGCUCGCCGCGAUUUUGCAGACAACGCCGCCCCGAUCGAGACAAUCAUAGACAAGCGCACUUGGAGGAAUCAAGAAGGCGAAUUGGUAGGAUCUCGCGACGUCUCGGAUCAGGAGGCCCAGGUGGAGAAGCGGACCUUCAGGCAAAACCACGACCGUCGGUCAGAAGAUGAAGACGUGGACCCGGAGAAGCGGGCCAUGCGAAAGAACAACGGUCGGUCAGAGGAUGAAGUAGAGGCGGAGAAGCGCGCCCUUUACCGAUCCGGCGACCGCAGCCGUCGGGAAGAGGAAGUCGAGUCGGAGAAGCGUGGCAUUCACAGAGAUGGCAGCCGUCGGUCAGAGGAUGAAGGAGCCGAGGCGGAGAAGCGCGAUUUCAGAGGCAACACUCGGUCAGAGGAUGAAGCAGUCGAGGAGCCAGAGAAGCGCAGCCUUUACAGGAGCAAAUACAGCGACCGUCGCUCAGAGGAUGAAGUAGUCGAGGGGCAGGAGAAGCGCGGCUUCAGAAGCAGCAACCCUCGGUCAGAAGAGAAGCGCGGCUUCAGAAGCGGCAACCCUCGAUCAGAGAAUGGAGUCGAGACGGAGAAGCGCGGCUUCCGAAGCGGCAACCCUCGAUCAGAAGAUGGAAUUGAGGCGGAGAAGCGCGGCUUCAGAAGCAGCAACCCUCGGUCAGAAGAUGGAGUCGAGACGGAGAAGCGCGGCUUCCGAAGCAGCAACCCUCGGUCGGAGGAUGAAGUCGAGGUGGAGAAGCGCACUAGCGGACCCAAAACCCUCGGCCGGAGUAUAUACAACGGUAUGGUCGGGAUUAUUGAAGCCUUGAAGACCCGAGGUUUCAACAGCGCAAACAAUAUCCCAGCAAGGGAGCCAAUGUGAGAGGCAGAGGAGCACUAGUCUACGGGAGCCGGCGGGCAAUGAUCAGCUCUACGUCUGGAUGACUACUUAUGAGUUCGAAUGGCCAGAUACUGCCGAGGAUUACGUCUUGCGAAUGCGAAGACCCGUCUGGACAGUCAUAUUCCUCAAGUCUUCAUUUCUCCACCUGUUAUAGUCCUUCGUUAGAGGAGCGGGAUUCGUGGUGGGAAAGCGGGGAGGUGUGACAGGAAUCAAGCCAAUAUCAUCGUCCUGUCAUUGAUACGUGCCUCCUAAUUCGUGCGUCGUCGUGAUCUCGGACGUGACAAUCUUGUACUCUUGAUGUUAAUUGCUCUCCGCAGUAUAAAGCCCAAAUAGCUAGCAGCGUUUUCAGUCUGGUCUACCAUCAAUUGCGAGUAUUGGGCUCUCGCUGUGCUCCCU